CGUGAUGUAUGAUUCAUCUGAUGACCUUUUUGUACACAUGCAUAAUUCUUCAUUGUUUGUUGAUGAACUAUUCCGUGACAGAUCCAUGGCUGAAGACAGAAACAUUGCAGUGAUCAUAAUCCUCAGCACUUUGAUCCUGAUCAGUCUCAUUGGGAACCUCAUGGUUGUCCUGAUCAGUGUAUUUUAUCCGAGGCUUCGUUCAGUGAACGUCAUGUUCAUACUCAACUUGGCUCUGUCAGACCUGCUGUCCACCGUCGGACUGAUGUUCUGGUUCUAUAAUAACGUCUGGAGUUUGAAUUACGGAGACGAGAUGUGCGAAGACACCGGCUUUGCUCAAUCAGCUGGAUUUUACAGCAGCGUCCUGUUCCUGGUGUUGAUAAGUGUUCAGUGUUACCAGGCUGUGGUGCAUCCUGUGUCAGACUGGAAGUAUAGACAUUUAAUCGCAUUCGUUCUGUGGAUGGUGAGCUUCUAUGCAGCAUUGCCAAGCAUGGUGCACAUAAUAAAACAACCUCUCUCGACAGACUGCAUGUACAGAAACACAGGUCUACUGCUUAUUGUUAUAUAUAGACAGAACAUUGUUUUUGUCUUCACCUUUUUGUUCAUGGGUUUUUGCUACAUCAGGAUCCUGCAAACUAUCCUCAAGUCUGCAACAAACCAGAACCAGAGGCACAGAACUACUGGACUUGCCUUCUUUCUGGCGGCUACGUUCUUUAUUUGUUGGGCUCCAUAUAACAUAAUGACUUUUAUGCACACUUUAAAUCUUCCGUAUAUCAGCCCUUUAAAUUUAAAACAUUUUCUUUUUGCCUUCUAUAUCUGCCGUCUUUUGGCUUUUAGCCGCUGCCUCAAUCCAGUGAUCUAUUGCUUAUUUGGUCUAAAAUUCCGUCAAACAGCGAGAGAGAUUUUGCAAAGACGAGCUACUUCUGCAGAAACACAAACUGAAGAACGUCAUUCUGGGACGACUUCAGAGACACCAGUGCUUCUAAAUUAG